AUGGAUUUUCAAAAUCGUGUGGGGCAUAAAACAGGUAGUGGCAUGCCACAAACCAGAGAAGAUAUAAAUCAAGAAAGAAAAGAAAGAUUAAAGCAAUUAGCUUUAGAAAAUAUUGAUAUAACUAAAGAUCCUUAUAUAUUGAAAAAUAAUGUUGGUAUGUUUGAAUGUAAAUUAUGCUUAACUUUGCAUAAUAAUGAAAGUUCAUAUUUGUGCCAUACACAAGGAAAAAAACAUCAAAUUAAUUUAGCACAAAGAUUGCUAAAGGAAAAAAAUGAAUUAAUGACUAAUAAAUCAAGUAAACCACCACCUGAACAAAAAAAAAUUGUAAAAAUUGGAAAACCUGGAUAUGAUGUUACAAGAGUUCGAAAUAAAAAAAAUCAACUUGGAAUAUUAUUUGAAUUAUCUUUUCCAAAUAUAAAAGAAAAUACUAAACCCAAAUUUCGAUUUAUGUCAUCUUUUGAGCAAAAAAUUGAACCCGUCGAUAAAAAAUUUCAAUAUCUAUUAUUUGCUGCAGAACCUUAUGAAACUAUUGCCUUUAAAAUACCAAAUCUUGAUAUAGAUGAAAAUGAUGAUUUUUAUUAUAAAUGGUUUGAAAAAAAAAAAAUUUUUGUUAUGCAAAUUCAUUUUCUAAGGCAUCCUGGUUAUACCCCUAUUCGAAACAACCCUAACAUUUUACCAACUCAUAUGCAAUGGUAA